CUAUGCUGCCCCUUGCGGCCAUCUUGUUGAGGGGAGAACAGUGAGCGGUUUGAACCUCAAUGUGUGCGACAGCAGGCUGAGCGAGGCGGGGUUUAAGAGGGGCGGAGCCGCCGCUAACAUUUAGCCGUUUUACUUCUCAGCAUCUGCAUCGGCUCUCACUUCCUCUGUAUUUGCUGUCCGGGAGAUUACUGCGUGCGACAGUAUUUCACUGGGAUACAUCCGACUGUGGCUGUUACCAUGUCACCUGACCAAGAGUCCCGGUAGGGGAGAGUGGGGGAGCGAAGGGACCUUCCUUCACCACCCCUGGCUUCAGACUUACGCUGGAGCCGGCAGCGCCAUCUCUGACAGCGGCCUGUAUUAUCCCCGAACUGUCCUGCAAGAGGAGGCCGACCUGGGAACAAGGUUGCCGGUGAGGUGGGUGCGAGGCCUGCUGUCCUAGUUGACUGAGGUGAAGCGAAGAGAUAGGAAGUCGGAGAACCCGCGAUGUCUUCGCUACGCUAGAGGCGGACUGUGAGGAGCUUUGACAACUAGUCCCCGAGCUCUGCUCGCCCUGCUAGGGGAGGGAACGGAAGCCCUAUCGGCCAGGAACGGCCUACCUCGUCCCAUCUUCCAGCCUCCCCGUGGGGAUUUGUUUUGGUUCUGCCCCUCCACGAUGUCUAAGAUGCCGGCUAAGAAAAAGAGCUGUUUCCAGAUCACCAGCGUCACCACGGCGCAGGCCACCAGCAGCAUCACGGAAGACACGGAGAGCCUGGACGAUCCGGACGAAUCGCGGACCGAGGAUGUCUCAUCUGAGAUUUUCGAUGUGUCCCGGGCCACGGACUACGGGCCCGAGGACGUGGUGGAAAGGAGCUCCUCCGAGGAGACCUUGAAUAAUGUCGGGGAAGCGGAGACGCCGGGAACUAUGUCUCCUAACGUUCCACAUGAAAGUUUCGGGAUCGCGGGCACAGUGAUUGGGGUCGGCGGGGGAGCUGUGACGCGGAGCAGCGGCCAGGUGGCCACGGGAGGCCCUUCCGGCCAGCUCUCUGCUCCCCAUACCCCAACUGCGCUCCCUGGUGUUGCUACGCCGACCAGCGCGCCCCAUGUCACAUCUCAGCCUGCCGCCAGCAGCACGGCCACUUGCAGCUCCCGUUUUCGGGUGAUCAAGCUGGAUCACGGCUCAGGAGAGCCAUACAGGAGGGGUCGCUGGACGUGUAUGGAGUAUUACGAUAGGGACUCUGAUUCCACCUUGAUCAGUAGGACUGGGGACACGAUCAGGCACACCAGCACCAUUGAUCACUCUGUGGACAGGGACAGUGGCUUGGGUGCCACCGGUGGCUCAGUGGUGGCGUCUGCCGUGCACAUAGGCUACGCUCCAGAGUCUCUGGCUGACAGCCCUCUUACUGCUGUGUCACAGUUGCCUUCGAGUGAGAAGAUGAACCAGCCCUCCCAGCAGCAGCAUUUUGUUAUUGGGCAGCAGCCUAUAGGCGGAGCAGUGUCUCAGGGGGCUGCUCAGCCAAUGUAUCCUGGUGCUGCAGUCACCACUCAGCAGAUGAUGGUGCAGCAGAGCCAAUCCCAUGUAUCUCCUCAGAACAUUGUACAAGGUGGACACAAUGGCAAAGGCACCGUACCCCAGAAUGUACCUGUAACUAUAACCCAGCAGCAGGCAAGUGUUUCUGUGAGUCAACCACAACAGUUUGCUUUCUCCCAGGUCCAGCCUGGACAUGUUAUGUCUACCCAGUCCUCUGCCCAGCCAGAGUAUGUGCAACACGUAACAGUUAUGCAGUCACAAGGAACAAGUCAGAAAGCCACCACUGCUUCGGUUAUUACAAGUACUGGGUCUCCAUCCAGUCUUCCAGGCCAGCACCUGCAAGCAGGUGGAGCGCAACUGAUGGGUCUUCUUCCCAAAACUAGCGAGUCAUUGAGCCAAAGUUCAGGGCUCAUACAAAGUGGUCAAGCGCCGCAAACCCUACCGGUUCAUAUGCAGCCUCCAGGAACGGCGGUGCAGACAAAUGUGUCCUCAGUAGGUGUAGUGCAACACAAAACAAGUCAACAGCAAGCUGGUGGGAGUAGUCAUGUGUCAAGCAUUCCUGGUGGACACCUUGCCAUGCCUCCUGGAAUGCAGAAUGUGCCUGUGGCUGUACCAAGUAGUGUGCCUACUGCGUCUGCCGCUCCUGUUUCUAUGCCAAUUGCCCCUUCUACGUUUGCACAGUCUCCAUUAACCAGCCAUACACCUGUCAGUAGGAGUAGUAGCCUGAUCCCACCUGUUGGGCUUCCAGCAAUGCAAGGCAUGGCAAAUGUGCAUGCAAGUCUACCCCAAACUAACAUAAAUCUAUUUCAGACACAGUCAUUGACUGGUCAGAUUGACGACAGAAGAAAGUCGGAGCCCCUACCUCAGCCGUCGGUUUCCCUAAUUUCUGAGAAGUCUUUCGUGAAGGUUCCUAUUACAGACGCUCUAGCAAAUCCUCUCCACUUACCCGUAUUUGGUUUACCUAUUCCAGUUGAUGGCGAUGAUGACAGGAAUCCCUCAUCUGCUUUCUAUGAAGCUUUUCAUCUGAAGGUCCGUGGGCCAAAGAAACUGUGUGAUAGUGCGUCAAGUGCGAAUGUUGUAGCCAUUGACAACAAAAUCGAGCAGGCGAUGGACCUGGUCAAAAGCCAUCUGAUGUAUGCUGUAAGAGAAGAAGUGGAAGUCCUAAAGGAACAAAUAAAGGAAUUGAUCGAAAAGAACUCUACACUUGAACGUGAGAAUGCACUGUUAAAAUCCCUUUCCAACAACGAUCAGCUGUCUCAGCUCUCCACCCAGGUGGGUCUCAACAGCUGCCAGCAACAGCCUCCGGUGACUACGGCCCCUCUCACCGCUCCGCAGAUCGCACACCCUACGCAGCAACCGAAUGUCUCCUCAGCAUAAACAAUCCAAUCUGCUUUCUUGCCUCGUCCAGCAAACCGAAAGCGUUCUGUCCUUGUGUGCCACUGCUGUUCUUUCCACAUAAAACUGAGGGAAAAUGAUGAAAGCAAGUAGCCAUGCUUCAUUUGUGUGUGUUGGCCUUUUCAGUAUUAGACAAUCGUUCUAGCAGACUUCUCGCUGUGAGGAAGCGGUAAUGCCUAUUGCUUUCUGCGUCAGGUUUUAAGAGUGGGAGACAUGUAUGUUGGAUACAUGUCCUUGUGUUGAAGAUGUGUGGAAAGGAACAUAGUUUCCUUUUCCAAAGUAGAUAAAGCAGAAUUUUAUGCUUUGAGGGGAGAAUCCCUUUUUGUAAAACAAUGUAUCUACACCGAUACUUAGAAUUGCAGCAGUGAUCUGCGUACUGUGAAGUGCAGUAUGCCCAGACAGUGCAGGUACAAGGCAUGUGUACAUUUUAAUGCCUUGUUAUAGAUGUCACUGUCCAGAAAACAUUUUAGAGUUUUGCCAUAGAUUAAUUAUUUAAUUGUUGUCCUAGACCUGAUG